GGCUCUGACACACACACGCAAACACACACACACACACACACACGGUCACAAACACAGUAACUGCCUAUGCCAGAGCCUGCCCGCCUGCCCUCUCAGCUCAAGCCCUCUUAAAGCUGUUUUUCUGCUGCUGAUCACCGAGAGCUAACGACACCCAGCUGCCUGAGCUGAAGGCAGACGGAGGACGAGAGGACAACAGAGGGAGGAGAGGACAAGUUCUCUCAAAGACAGCAGCUCCUGAACUCCUCGUGUGUCUCUGUCGUUCCCGGUGCAGUCAUUCUUCAGCAGGGAAUGCUUUUUCCCCCCUGCUGUAGUUCAGGACUUUUUUUUGUGAGAGGGGGGGUUUGAGGAUUUAAGAAGAGGACCAGAAGAAGAGGGGUUGGAUGUUCACAUGACAUAAUCGUGAAUGGGUUGCCAUGGUGACUCACCCAGGGAGCCUGACCCGUGCAGAGUGAAUGGAGGGAGCGCCUCGGCCGCCAAGUGAACGAUAAACUAACGGAGAGGAGUCAGCAGAGAGAGAGAGAGAGAGAGCGAGAGACAGAGAGAGAGAACGAGAGCGGGAGAGACAGAGCAAAGGAGUGGUGGAUAACAGAGGGAGCGGAGCAGAGGUUGAGAAUGGAGGACGGCUUCUCCAGCUACAGCAGCUUGUACGACACCUCAUCCCUGCUACAGUUCUGCAACGAUGACAGUGCGUCAGCCGCCAGCAGUAUGGAGGUGACCGACCGCAUCGCCUCCCUGGAGCAGAGGGUCCAGAUGCAGGAGGACGAGAUCCAGCUGCUGAAGUCGGCUCUGGCUGACGUGGUCCGCAGGCUCAACCACUCUGAGGAGCAGCAGGCCAUGGGGUCACGCAGGGGACCCACUAAAGCCAGGCCAAUGAUUGCCACCCUGCCGUUACGGCCCACAGUAAACAACGGCACCGUCCUACCAAAGAAAGGCAGCGGCACUCUGCCCUCCCCAUCUGGACCUGGAUCCAGGAAGGACACCAGCACACCGGCCAACAAGAGCACUGUGAGGAGAGCCAACUCAAACGAACACAUGGGCACUCUUACGCGUAAAGAUUCGGGCGACUCCAAGGGCAACCGAACUCGCGCCGGAUCCACCGGCAGCAACUCCAGCGGCAAAAAAAGCGACAGCAAACAGAGGGAUCCGGUGUUUAACGCAGGGAUGCGACGUGUGACCCACUGCAAAGAGGAAGGUUAUGUGAAAAUGUUUUUGAAGGGUCGUCCCAUCACCAUGCACAUGCCCAAAGACCAAGUGGACAGCUACUGCCUGGAGGCCCGAGCCGAGCUGCCCAGCAACAAACUCAAACUGGACUGGGUCUACGGUUACCGCGGUAGAGACUGUCGCUCCAACCUUUACUUGCUGCCCACUGGGGAAACGGUUUAUUUCAUCGCCUCGGUGGUCGUCCUGUUCAAUGUGGACGAGCAGCUGCAGAGACACUACACCGGACACACAGACGACAUCAAAUGCCUGGCUGUCCACCCCGACAAAAUCACCAUCGCAACCGGGCAGGUGGCGGGCACCUCUUCAGAUGGAAAACAUCUCGCUCCUCAUGUCCGUGUGUGGGACUCCGUCAGCCUCAACACCCUCCACGUCCUGGGCGCAGGCUUCUUCGACCGAGCCUUGGUCUGCUUGUCCUUCUCCAAGUCGAACGGAGGAAACACGCUGUGUGUUGUAGACGACUCCAAUGAUCACGUGCUGUCUGUGUGGGACUGGCAGAGAGAGGACAAACUGGCUGAGGUCAAGUGCUCCAACGAGUCAGUGUUUGCUGCAGACUUUCACCCGACAGACAGCAACAUCGUCGUCACCUGUGGCAAGUCACAUCUCUAUUUCUGGAACCUGGAGAAAGGCAUGCUGGCCAAGAAGCAAGGACUGUUUGAGAAACAGGAGAAGCCCAAGUUUGUGUUGUGCGUGACCUUUGCAGAAAAUGGAGACGCUAUAACUGGAGACUCGAGUGGGAACAUCCUGGUGUGGGGGAAAGGCACUAAUCGCAUCAGCCACGUCAUCCAAGGAGCUCACGAGGGCAGCAUCUUUGCUCUGUGCAUGCUGAGGAACGGCACGCUCGUGUCUGGGGGUAAAGACCGGAGGCUCGUCUCUCGGGACAGCAGCUACCAACAGAUACAGACGGUGGAGGUGCCUGAGUUGUUUGGUCCCAUCAGGACCAUCGCGGAGGGCCGAGGGGAGACGGUGCUCAUCGGGACCACCAAGAACUUUGUUUUGCAGGGCAGCUUGGAUGGAGAAUUCAUUCCCAUUACACAGGGUCACACUGAUGAGUUGUGGGGUCUGGCCGUUCAUCCCUGUAAGCCUCAGUUCCUCACCUGCGGUUACGACAGGCAGGUCAGCCUGUGGGACUCCAGCUCCCACCAGCUCAUCUGGGCCAAGAACCUGGAGGACGCUGCCCAAUCAGCAGGCUUCCACCCGACUGGAGCUGUGGUUGCCGUAGGAACUCAAACUGGCAGGUGGCUGGUGCUGGACACAGACUCCAAGGAUCUAGUGACGAUGCACACAGACGGGAAUGAACAGCUGUCUGUUAUGUGCUUCGGUCCAGAUGGAAACUUCCUGGCCAUCGGUUCCCAUGACAACUACAUCUAUAUCUACGCUGUGGCAGAAAAUGGGAGGAAGUACAGUCGAGUGGGGAAAUGCUCGGGUCACUCCAGCUUCAUCACUCAUCUGGACUGGUCAGUGGAUUCCCAGUAUCUGGUGUCGAAUUCAGGAGACUAUGAGAUACUGUACUGGAUCCCGUCAGUGUGCAAACAGGUGGUCAGUGUGGAGACCACCAGAGACAUCGAGUGGGCCACAUACACCUGCACUCUGGCCUUCCAGGUCUUCGGCUUGUGGCCUGACGGCUCAGACGGCACCGACAUCAAUGCUGUCUGCAGGUCCAGUGACAAGAGCCUCCUGGUCACUGGAGACGACUUCGGGAAGGUCCAUCUCUUCUCAUAUCCCUGUUCACAGUUCAGGGCUCCCAGCCAUGUGUACGGUGGCCACAGCAGCCACGUGACCAAUGUGACCUUCCUGUUUGACGACAGCUACCUGGUGUCGACCGGAGGGAAGGACAUGAGCGUGAUGCAAUGGAGGAUAGUCUGAGUGCACGGACUGAAACAGAUACUGUCAAUUUAACUGCUGCUGGGGCCUGAAAUCCAGCCGAACCAAACUGAACUGCACUAAACUGAACCGAACCAAACUUGAAUUAACUCAGAUGCUAAAAAAAAAGAAGUGGAUUUGACUGAGCUGAGGCGACAGAAGAGGAACUGGAGCGUCCCGCUCCCCCGUCACAAAUGAGAUGAACUGGUAGAGACGUAAUGAACGGUUACUCCAGAUUUAAAAUUCUGAAUAUUUCUCCUUUCUCUUCAUUCACACUAUAUGUAAAAGUAAAAAGACAAGAUCUGUCACGCACUGUAGCUAAGUCCCCAAUGACACGAAGCAAAUCAAACGGAUCAAAUCCAACUAAACACAAACCAAAGGCUUUUACUUCCUGACUGCAUUUGUACAACUGGGCUUAACUGUUCUUUCACUGUAUCGUGCACACUCCUGCUCCAGAUGAUGAGUGACUUUGUUUCUGAGCCUUUCCAGGAUGAGUAUCAUUGAGCUGAAGAUACGACAGCAUCUGGUCAAAAACUGUACAAAAAGAGAACGAACGUGGUGAUUUUCUAACGAUUCAACUUUUAUUUUAUUUUGUAUUUAACAACUCAGGAAAGCGCCAGUGAAGCAGGAUCCUUCCCUGUUAUUAACACUGACAUAUCAGAGCGAGUCUAUGGCAGCUCUCAAAACAUUUCACUAAAAUGUUCACAGAGAUAACAACCACGGUUCUUAUCUGAUUCAACUGGUUGUUUGGAUUAAUUUGCAUCGAUUAAUUGUGUUUUAAUAUCACCUAUACAGUGAAUUUAGGGGACAUGAAUAGUUCCCAGAAAGGAGAAUAAUAUAGAUGAAGAGAUGUCUUUUUCCAGUAUUUGGAGCUAUUAUUCUCAGAAGAUGAGUAAUAACAUUAAUAAAUUCAAAAUACGCAUUUUAACCAUUUUCAACAAGUUUUGCAUUUCCCAGAUGCUUGUGCUUCCUGGUCUUAAACAACAGACACUUUUCCCAAUAUUUAUUAAUCAUGUUGCAAAUCCAUCACUGUCAAUAUCAGUUCCUUUGAGUUUUUAUUCCCCAAACCCUGGUUUCGGCCCAUGAUGUAUAGAUAUAGAGCAGGAUAUGAGCAGAAUGUGUGUGAAUAUACAUGAUUUGAAACUGUUUCCAGUUUUUCGCGUGGAGCUGCUGAGGUUUAAGGAGAAUCACGUGUUGGGUUUUUCAAUGACGUGAAGCCUUGUUCUAAUCUGUGUCGCUCUGCAGAUCAGUUUGAGAAGGAUGAAGACAAGACCAUCGCACUGUAUCUGUUUAUAUCUGGAGUGCUCCUCAGGUGUGCACUCACUGGCGAUGUGUUUUCAUUUCACUGAACCCUCUUGUCUUUUUCUAUAUUUCACUGCUUCCGCCUGAUAAACACACAAAUACUCCUGUGAUCACCAUUUAUCACUUACUGGAGUUUUUCUCAAACCAGUGUCUGCACUCAACCGUCCACUCCGACCCAUGGUACGGUACGAGUGCGUCACAUUCCUCGUUUCACGGUCAACAGAAACCUAAAUGACUCACAUGCUGCAGGACUCACAUUAGUGAUGAUUUUAAUGGGGUGAAGCAGAUUUCUUUGUGUGACCAUAAUUGCCACUGAUAUGAGCUUUUGAAGUCUGGUUGUUGGACUUGUGUCAUCAGGAAAAACCACUAAGAAUCUUAACUGCAGUGAUGAAAGUCACCACUCUACAGAGUGAAUGUAACAGGGUGUGUUUUACCACUAAACACUCGGGGCUGCAGGACCAUUGGACACUUAACAUUUUGUCUGAGAGUAAAGGCAACAUGAAAUACCCAGA